AUGGCGGCCCCGACCACCGCCAGCCCACCCAGUGGGACCUCAAAACCCGCCGUCUCGCCUUCUCCGACGGCCUCGACGGCGUCGUCACUGCAUUCCAUGCCGGAUGCGCCCGCGCUGCCCCCUCCCGUGCUUCACCAGUCUGGAGCGCACGGCGUGCAAGCUGCUGCCGAAGCUCUCCUGAAGCCCAGAAAACCAACCAUGACGUCGCGUCUGAGCAGCAUGUUUGGCUCCAGCAAGGACCCCGCGGCCAAGGCCCAGGCCAACGGAGACAUUGUCAAGGCGGCUCGAGUCGCCAACGGCGUCGACACCGCCAACGGCCGUCCGCCACCCGUCCGCCAGGGCUCCGUCUCCAGGCCCACCAAGGAGCCCGUGACCUACAAGCGCUUCUGGGUCCAAGAGGAUGGCGGCCACGAGCACCACCUCAAGGUGGCCAAACGCCAGGAGAAGCUGUCCGACAUGUUCCAGAACCUGAUGCUGGGCAAGAAGAAGGAAGACAACCCCGCGGACCAGCCUCUUAGUCUCAUGUCAAACUGGGUCGACGUUAUGCGCAACGAGAAGGAAAAGCUCGCCGAAGCAAAGCACUCUCCCAACAACCUGCCGCAGACACUGGUGCAAAAGUACGGCAAAUGUCAAGAGGUGGUUGGGCGCGGAGCUUUCGGCAUCGUUCGAGUCGCCCACAAACAGGACCCGAAGGACUCGAGGCGUGAGCAGCUCUACGCUGUGAAGGAGUUCAAGCAGCGGCCCAACGAGUCUGCCAAGAAGUACCAGAAGCGUCUCACCUCCGAGUUCUGCAUAUCGUCUUCCAUGCAGCACCCCAACGUCAUCACCACCCUCGACCUGCUCCAGGACGAGAAGGGUGUAUACUGCGAGGUCAUGGAGUACUGCUCUGGCGGCGAUCUGUACACCCUCGUACUGGCCGCUGGCCAGCUCGAGGUUGCCGAGGCUGACUGCUUCUUCAAGCAGUUGAUGCGCGGCGUCGAAUACAUGCACGAGAUGGGUGUUGCGCACCGUGAUCUCAAGCCCGAGAACCUCCUCCUGACUACCCACGGUUCCAUCAAGAUCACCGACUUUGGCAACGGCGAGUGCUUCAGGAUGGCUUGGGAGAAGGAAGCCCACAUGACGGCUGGACUCUGCGGUUCGGCACCUUACAUUGCACCCGAGGAGUACGUCGACAAGGAGUUCGACCCUCGUGCCGUCGAUGUCUGGGCUUGUGGCAUCAUCUACAUGGCCUUGAGGACGGGUCGUCAUCUUUGGCGGGUCGCUCAAAAGGGCGAGGAUGAGUUCUUUGAUCGAUACCUUGAAGAUCGCAAAGAAGAAGAGGGCUACCGACCUAUAGAGGUUCUACGGAGACGUCAAUGUCGUAACGUGAUUUACUCAAUCCUCGACCCAAUCCCUGCACGUCGUCUCACUGCCCAUCAAGUUCUAGCCUCCGAGUGGGUUUCGGAGAUCAAGGUCUGCCAUGCAGGCAACGAAGGCUUCUAG